UAGGACUCAGGUGUUGUGCGGCGUCUUCUCGCGAGAGACCAGGACGAGAAGCCGGCGUCCGCGGAGCGGGUUUUCAGGCUACGAGGAAGUACCAUUUAGGUCCAGCAGCGCGGCAGGAAUGGAGGAGUUUGGGAUCUCCCCUGGCCAGCUUGUGGCAGUGUUCUGGGACAAGUCAUCUCCUGAGGAAGCCCUAAAAAAGCUGGUGGCUAGACUGCAAGAGUUAACUGGCAGCGAGGGCCAGGUAUUCAUGGAAAACGUCACCCAGCUGUUGCAGUCUUCGCAUAAGGAAUCCAGCUUCGAUGUCAUUCUGUCGGGUGUAGUCCCAGGAAGCACCUCUCUGCACAGUGCUGAGGUUCUGGCUGAGAUGGCCCGGAUCCUCCGGCCAGGGGGCUGUCUUUUUCUGAAAGAACCAGUGGAGACAGCUGAAGUUAACAAUGACAAAAUGAAGACGGCCUCUAAGCUAUGUUCAGCCCUGACUCUUUCUGGCCUCGUGGAAAUAAAAGAGUUGCAGAGGGAGGCCUUAAGCCCUGAGGAGGUACAGUCCGUGCAGGAGCACCUGGGCUACCACAGUGACAGCCUGCGCUCAGUCCGUGUCACUGGCAAGAAGCCAAACUUUGAAGUGGGUUCUUCUAGCCAGCUAAAGCUUCCCAACAAGAAGUCUUCUUCAGUGAAGCCUGUUGUGGAUCCUGCUGCUGCCAAGCUCUGGACCCUCUCAGCAAAUGACAUGGAGGAUGACAGUGUGGAUCUCAUUGACUCAGACGAGCUGCUUGAUCCAGAGGAUUUGAAGAGGCCUGACCCAGCCUCCCUGAAGGCUCCUUCAUGUGGGGAAGGGAAAAAGAGGAAGGCCUGUAAGAACUGCACCUGUGGCCUCGCAGAGGAACUGGAGCGGGAGCAGUCCAAGGCGCAGAGCUCUCAGCCCAAGUCAGCCUGUGGAAAUUGCUACCUGGGUGACGCUUUCCGCUGUGCCAACUGCCCCUACCUCGGGAUGCCAGCCUUCAAGCCUGGCGAGCAGGUGCUCCUGAGCAAUAGCAAUCUCCAGGAUGCCUAGGAGGGACCUCAAGCCCACACACCUCCUCCUCCAGCAACUCCUGUCCUCAGCUCCUCCCACGGCCUCCUCCCACCUCUGGAUUCAGGCGCUCUGAAAACACUCACAGGGAGAGGCUUGCAGCCGAGCGAGCGAGCGAAGCUGCUGUGGGCAGUGGGGUGGGGUGCUGCUGUGUCUUGAAAGACCAAGGAUUGAGGGGACCUGUCUCUUAGUGUUAGGGGAAGAGGGUGGAUGCGCCUAAGGAACUCUGCUCCUGGUGUUACAGUGCUGUCCCUCUCCACCCUUGAGUAUUUAUGCUGAGUAAGCUCCAGGCUCCGCUCAGUGAUGCUGCCACCUGCUGGACUUCCUCAGGAUGUAGUUCUUGGAGCCAUGGGUUAGCUGUCAAAGGGCCUCAGGGGCACCAAAGAAGUCACUCCCCCAGUUGUGAUCCAUCUUGUGUCCCUCUGCCUUUCUCACCUCACCCCGUUUUACUGUAGUGUUGUAUCUGUGUCCUGUUGUCAUUUCUGUUAAAUGGUAUUAAACUUUUGUGUUUUUAUGUCUCCCUUUUACUGUGAGUGUGUCUUUGUGUCUGUGUGUGGUAGUGAAGGGUUGUCUGUCACCCAUCCACAUUCAGCUUGGACUAUGAAAAUUGUUUUUGAAGAAGUCAUCGUCACACAGGAGUGGGGCCAGAACUGCCCACUAGCUAGGACUAGGAUCUGUCUUCACCUCCUGUAGGAGCCAGGUGGAGAAUGCAGGUUAGGGCAGGCUGGACCAGCAGCAGGAAGUAUCAGAGCAGGAGGCCCUCUUCAGUCUCCCUCCUGCCUCUGCCCACAUCCCUGUUAUCCAUCAUGCCUGCUGUUACCUGUCCUUGUUACUUGAUCUGCUUAGCUAGCUUCUGCUGCUAUGGGUGUGGUGAAAAGCCCUUUGAGAAGCAGAAUUUCUGUUGACCCCAGUGACCCUUGCCUUGUGUUACCUCCCCUCCAAUUACAGCAAACCCUGAAAACCUCUGGUGUUUCUCUUCUGAGUGGAAGAGGCUUUGCUAAGUGAAAGGGUUUUACAGAUGGACCCACAGUCCCUGCUGAUUAAAGUUAAUUAGACGGGAGAUUAUCCUUGGCCCAUUCUCUUGAUCCUUUAAAAGAAUUAGAAAACAAAGGCUUUGUUUUGCUGCCUGUGCACAAGCUAGUGGUGAAGUUUUAGGAGGUGUGUACCUCUUAGCCCUACUAAGAAAGUGGGAGCCAGGCAGUGGUGGUGUAUGCCUUUAACCCCAGCACUUGGCAGCCAGAGGCAGCCGGAUUUCUGAGUUCAAGGCUAGCCUAGUCUACAGAGUGAGUUCCAGGACAGCCAGGGCUACACAGAGAAACCCUGUUUUGGGGGGAAAAAAAGGGUGGUGGUGGGGUGGUGGUGGUUACAGCCCCACAGCAAGGAGCUUGGUUCUGUCAUCACUGUGCCAGCUUGAAAGAGGACUCGCUUUCAAAUGAGAACACAGCCUGUGCCUGAAUUAAUGGCUGGGAUCCAUGGAUGGAACACUUGGGUAUGCACAAAGCCUUGUUUUUGAUUCCUAGUACCAAAACCAAAAAAGGUUUUCUCAGGCCAGAGCAAUUGACAGAAAAGCCAAGAUAAUAAGUGGGGGUGUGGCUGACUGAUUUGUCACACAGCAACAAAAACUCAGCCCCAGAUGGGUUUAGGUUUAGCUGACCAACUGGCCCAGUCACAGACCUGUUGUCGGCCUCUACUGCAGUUACCUAGGUGAGGGACAAACACUUGAGCCUCUAGGAGGAGGAGAUGCUCCUGGACCAGAGCUUCCUUGUGGGCUUAGUAAACGCCACAAGCCCUUCAGACCUGCUUGUUGAUUGCUAGCUAUGACUGGCACGAAGGAUAAUGAUUUGGUUGGCUUGGUUAAUAGGGCCCUGGCGUCAGUCUUUGUGUCCUUCCACAAGGGCCAGAAGGAGCAUAUCCAGUUUAGUCAGUCCUAGGCUGGUGGAGAGAAUCCUUGCCCAGAGCACAUGUAGGCCUCUGCCUGGCUGCUGCUGCACACCAAGGAAUUUGCAGUGGUAGGGGCACAGCUAUUUGUCUGGCCAGACUCUUGAGUCUGUGACCAUAGCCUAAGGAGGAGUUUCAGCCAUUGGUAAGCUUACAGUAUAGAACCCAAAAACAAAUUCAACCUAAACUCCCAUGGAUACAUGUGUGGGCCUGGAAGCCUUGGUUUUGUAGUAAGUGUAAUGGUUUCUUUGUGUUUAUGUGUAUACAGGCACACGUGCCAUGGUGCACCUGGAGGUCACGGAAUAACUUGCCAGAGCUGGUUCUCCUUCCACCACGUGGGUCCCAGGGAUCAAAGCCAGGUCCUCAGGCUAGGCAGCCAUUACCUUCCCGCACUGAGCCAUCUCAUUGGUUCUUGUCUUUUGUUUUUGUGAGACUGGGUUACAUGGAAGCUGGGCUCUCCUCCAUCUCCCUCCCUCCCCCUCUCUUCCCCUGUCUGAAACAAACUCUGGUUAUCGUAGCCUGAAUCUCACCGUGUAGCCCAAACUAGCCUGCACCUCAUGGGGCUCCUCAGGCUCCCGAAUACUGGCAUUGCAAGCAUGUCCCAUCAUGCUAAACCUGGCUUUUAAAAAAAUGUGGUUUUUUUUUUUCAUUUUAUGUGUAUGUAUGCAUAUAUGUCUGUGUACCAGGUUUGUGCAGUGCCCAGGGAGCCCAGAGAGGGUGUCAGCCCCCCUGGGAUUGGACUUAGAGCUGUGAGCCACUAUAUGGGUGCUGGGAAUCAAACAGGUUCUCUGUAAAAGCAGCUAAGUUCUCUUAACCAUUGAGGAAUCUUCCAGCUCCCUGGCUUCUUAGCUCUAUGGAGUCUUUGGCUUAGAAUCUGGUAUUGUGGCAUCUAGUUUCCCCUCGUUCUGAAAUCACUUGGUUAGUAUAGGCAGCAGAGGCAGGCCACAUCUUUCCUGGGCUUUGGUGACAGCUGGGCCUUAAGGGGUCUUGGAGCUGAAGCAUGAGGGGGUGUGAGUGAGACAGGUUGCAGAGGUGAAGGCCCUCGGGCUUUGCAGAUACUCCUGGUUGAGCUGAGUCUACAGGGAAGCCUGCCAUUGCUUGAAGCUGAUAGUUCUCUGAUGUUACAAAAUACUGCUUCACCCAGUAUGUGGUGAUGGCGAUUCGGAAGGCGAAGCAGAAGCCCUACCAGAUAAGAGUGAAGGCGUGGCCAGAUGGGGACACAGCAGGAUUUGUUUGGACAGUUCAACACUGGCUGACCAUUGGAAUCACUGGGCAGCUUCCAAAAAUAAAAACAACCUCCUGUGCCUGGGUGUUAUUUACAAA